AUGAUCAAAAUCGACACAAGACCCGCCAUUCGCGCUGCCAGCGCAGCUGAAUGCCAGCCGUCAACUCUGCCGGACUUUGCAUCCGCUGCCACCCUGUCGCACGGCCUCGUUCUUCACUGGACGCCCGCGGCCUCCGGCGGUUCCGUCAGCAUGGCCGUCGAAGCACCCGCGAGCGCCGGAUGGAUUUCCGUCGCAUUUUCGUCAAGCGGAACCAUGGCUCCGUCAGAUGCGGUGAUCGGCAAUGCUGACGGCGGCGCAGCCGUCCAGGCGUACAGUAUCACCGGCUACGAUAUGGGCUCCGUCAAGCCGAGCGGCAAACCGUCGCUGGGCAGCGCUGGGCUGACGAAAUCCGGCGACAAGAUCAUUAUGCAAUUCUCGCGAUCGGAGGGCGACGGCGGAUCUGUCGCAUUCAAGUCCGGGAAAAAUAAGCUCAUCUGGGCGACGUCGUCUGGCGGCUCUACGACACUCGGCUAUCACGGCAGCAACCUUUUUGUCCUGCACUGGGCUGCGCCAAUCAACGGGCAGCUGGAUAUGGCCAUGGAGGCGAAAUCGGGCAGCGGCGCGGCGAAGGGAUGGAUGUCCGUCGCAUGGUCCGCCAACGGAGGCAUGGCGGAGAGCACCGCCGUCAUCGGCAACAUGGACGGCGGAAACGUUGCUGGUUACCACAUUACCGGUUACAGCAUGAGCACCGUGAAGGAGAACGGGAUGGAUAUUGGCGGGGAUGCCGGGACGAGCAACGAAGGCGGGUCGACCGUUGUGAAGUUCCUGCGGCGCGAGAAUGACGGAGGGGAGGUGAAGAUUAAUCUCGGCGGGAAGAAUAAGCUCGUGUGGGCCUACUCCACGGGGUCCAAGUCUCUCGGCUAUCACGGCGGCAACUUCGGAAGCCUCACUGUUGACUUCUCAUGUCAGUCCGCCCCUGCUGGGGGGGGCGGUGGGGGCGAGGAGGGGGAGGAGGGGGAGGAGGGGGAGGAGGGGGAGGGGGGAGAGGGUGGUAGUGAGGGGGGUGAGGGUGGGGGGAACCAGGGAGGUGAGGGUGGGGGAAACAAGGGGGGAGAGGGUGGGGGAAACAAGGGGGGAGAGGGUGGGGAGAAGGAGGGUGGAGGUGGUGGGGAGAGGAAAGAAGGGGGAGGGGAACACGACGAAGGGGAAGACCAUCACGAGGGGGGAGAACACGACGAAGGGGAAGACCAUCACGAGGGGGGGGAUGAGGGUGAGGAGCAUGAGGAGGACGAUGAUGAUUAA